CGUAUUUGGUGUUCUAAACUAGAGCCACCCCUAACUACACUUAAAGCUGUGAAAAAUGCAUGACUUUAAAUCAAGCAAGAUGUCCAAUCCUUUUUGUUAAUAUGUGACUAUUUUCCAGGCAAAAGGGCCGAAUUGACGAGUAGCCGUUUAGAAAGGGUCACCAACCACCUGAGUGGUCACCAGCGAAUUUCUACUCCAGUUUACGUCCAACUAUGCCAUCAAAAGAACAACGGGUUGAUGUUCAUGAAUAAAUGAUAUCGAGUCAACCAAUGGGAGAUCAUUGCCUCUGUCUUCUCGUAGCUGCUGGCAAACCUAAUUUACAUGAAGAUGAACAAUGUUUGCACAGAGCUGUUGUUUAAACAGUGUGUAGGUGGAAUUCCAUAGAUAACCAAGAAAGUUAGAAUGGAUUUAAGCUAUCAUGGAAGCUUUCCAUCGUAAAGCUUUUCAUAUAGGAGAGUUCUCCGRUACGMGUUCCUUCAACCAACGUGACACGUCCGGCUUCAGACAUCGCAAGAAGAUGAAAUCAGUUCGAUCGUGGAUACGAUUUCGGCCCGUUAUUCCMGCGAUCAUUGGAGUGAGUUUAGGAUUUGCUUUAUCGAUGUUCUAUAUUCCUAUAGUAGAACAACAAUGUCUGUACGAUCUGGAGGAGUCGCAGGCUUAUCUGAUGAAACAACGAAAUUUGAAACUUCGCGWUCAAUACGAUCCCGUAGGGGAAAACCACAAUACAGUCGUCACACAGUCUGCGCCUGAAAAAAAUGAACAUGCAACUGUUGCGCCUAAACCAAGUCAUUUUAAUGAUGGUUUACGUCCAUUUUAUAUCGCUAGUGAACUCGGCAAGAGAGAUAAAUUGUUGGUUGGUGUUUUGACUUCGGAAGACCGUCUCGAUUCACUAGUACUUGCUAUAAAUAAUACCUGGGCACCAGAUCUACCAAGGAUUCUAUUUUUCAUCCCCUAUUCUCGGGAUGCUGAAUUCCACGAUAAAUAUACAAAAGUACUUGGGAUCCCCGUUGUCCAACUUGAUGUUGAUUCUGAAGAAGACACAGCUCCUAAACUCAAAUUGUCUUUUAAAAUGUUAAAAUAUAUGUAUGAGCAUUUCAUCAAUAACUAUGAAUGGUUUAUGCGAGUUGAAGACACGACAUAUAUCAAAACUGACAAACUCUUAGAGUUUCUAAACUCAGUUAAUAGUUCUCAAAGAGUAUACAUCGGACGACCCGCACCUGCUUCGUUCAGCCACUCAGAAAGAUUUCACAACACGAAGGGUGAUUUGUACAACAGUGAGAAAUACUGUCUUGGUAAAACUGGAGUUGUUCUAUCUAGGACAACAUUGUUCAGUCUUGGUUCAAGUUUAGAUAGCUGUGUAGAGGAUUCAACAACAGAAAGCGACGAUAAAGAGCUUGGAAGAUGUAUUUAUAAUAUGCUUGGAGUACAGUGUACUUGGGGAUACGAGGCGUCUGAAAUGUUCUACGAAAUACCCGAUGAAAAACGAAUGGACCUCGUUGCCCUUAUCAAAGAGAAACAGGUGAACCACGCCUUGACUUUGUCCCCUCUACAUGACCCCCUAAUUUUCUACCAAGUCCAUCGGUACUACACUGAACUUGAACUAAAUCGAACAUUCAUCGAAACGCGAAUGCUGCAGACUGCAAUAAAGGAAAUGCUACCAAUGUUACCAGAAGGAGUCCCGGAAAAGCAUCCAUCAUGGCCGAUAGGUUUCCCACAGCCCUUCAAACCAUCGUCUCGUUUUGAAGUUAUCCAAUGGGAAUACUUCAACCAUAACGUGUCGUAUGGAUUUACAGAGGUUAACCCACAAGUAAAACUCGAAGGGGCUUUCAAACAGGACACGGAAGAGGUGAUCCAAACGGCAGCCAGAAUGCUUACACAUGAAGACCCGAGCAAAAAAGCACAUCUUAUAAACGGUUAUCGUCGUGUGGAUCCUUGUCGCGGCGCUGAGUAUAUCUUAGAUAUGCAGCUAACGACGCAAAGCGGUGGCGUCGAACGGCGUCGUGUUCAUAUGCUAAGACCUUUUACCAAAGUUGAGAGUAUAAAAAUGACGGCGACAACUGAACAACGUGGCGUGCACUUGGUUGUACCGGUUCUUAAAGGGCAAGUCGAGAAGCUCGAACUGUUCCUCAAGAUGUAUCAGAAAGUAUGUUUACAAACUGGUGAAAAUGUCGUGUUGUUAACGGUGUUUGUGAAUGUCAGGGACGACGCAGAUGAUAGUCAGACGCAGGAUAAGUUUGCUGACGGCAAAGCAGUGAUUGCAAGRUACAAGCAAAAAUACACUUGGGCUCAGUUUCCAUGGAUACAAAUAGGCGUGCAGUAUAAUUCUCUCACUUUGCUGAUGGACAUUGUAACUAUGAAACUACCUUCCAACGCUCUGAUCUUCCUGACAUCUCUUGAUGUCGAAUUUACUAUUGGUUUUCUUAAUCGAUGCCGYGUUAACGCKCUGAAUGGCCAGCAGGUGUUUUUCCCUAUUCCCUUUUCUCACUACGACCCAGAUAUCAUUUAUCGCGACAAAAAAUAUCCAGACGAAAUUCAUGUACAUCGAGAUACAGGCCAUUGGUCUACCGACACAUUYGACUUGGUGUGUUUUAACAACAAGGACUACAAGGACAAUCGAGUCCACAGUGAAGAGUUUUUAAAAGAAACCGAAUAUCAUCCUAAAGAUUUCAUGAAAGUAUUUAUUAAUAGUAAACUUCAYAUUUUCCGCGCUGUUGAUGUGGAUUUACACAAGAAGUAUCAAGAAAAGUCUUGUCCAAAAAAGAGUUCCAACGACCAAAGUGAAUGCUUGGAGAAGAAGGCGGAAGCAAUGGCAUCUCGCUCGCAGUUGGCUUUACUGCUUUUUGAUAAAGAACUUGAACAAGAAAAAGGGGAUUAAAAUAAAAGACGCUUUGUAUACUUUUAAAAUUCGUACAUAUACUCAAAACAUUCCAGAAGUCCGCUUUCUUCUUCUUGUCUCUUCAGCAUACAUAUAAGAAAAAAUAUCCAACGCGUUCAUCCCGAUAAGACUUUAUUUCGUGUACCUGAGGGGGCUAUUUUGAUGUUGCGUUGACCCAGCUGAAUAAUUAGAAACGGGUAGUACAUUACAAGGUGUGUAUGGGUUCUGAACUUAGGAAGUCAUAUGGUUUUUAUAUUCAAAUUUUCCCGGCAUGGAAAAUCCCGGGAUGCAAUUUCGUCAAAGGUCAUGGGAAGUCAGAAAAAACUAAUAAUAGCUAUCUUAUAAUUAUGUYUUCAUUCACUAAAUAAAAAAAGUGGCCUAUUUCAUAAAACAGACAGCGUCGCUCAAUCGUGUUGCACAAAAUGACAACCGAUUGAAGGACACGUGCACGAACUGCGAACUUAAGCAAUGUGCAGCGACGCCAUUCUAUGCAGCAAAGCAUGAUAUGGUAGUUGUGAAUCCUCGGACUUCAUUACGUUAAAAAAGUCUUCCUGAAAUGUUUUGACUUUUUCUAAACCAAACUAAAACURAACGUUUCUACAAAGAAAGCUUAAAAAAUAGAAUUAAUGGGAAAAAAAGAUAGCCUUUCUUUUAAAAUUUUACAAGUCGACGAAAAAUCACCAAUUAUUGUACUGUUCAAGUUAUAUAAAUGUACAUGUUGCCUCUUGUAAACUAAAUCUCGGUGAAACUUUUCAAUAAAAUAAAAUAAUAA